ACUGAGAAAGGAGUGCGAGAUUCAAGGCUCGUAUUCAGAAACGCUUCGCUCUCUCACCACGACUAUUUUCAAAGGCCACAGAGAUGAUUAGCCGGGUUGUCAAGAAGGUUUUUCCUGUCAAUAAUGUAGAAAUCUUGUUAAUCCGUUAAUAGAACCGUAAAAAAGAGAAAAAAAAACAUUCUUAAAGAUCCGUGCGACUUCAACUACAGGAUUUUGAAUGUAGUGGAGGUGCAGAGUACAAGCGUUUUGUAAUAUUGUCACCGGUGAGAAGUUUCCGUUCUUGAGCAGUCACUGUGUGUUUUCCUACCGAUUGGUGGAUCGUGUCAGACCUUGCUUGCUUGAAAGUCCAUGAGGAAGUGUUGUGCUUUGGGUGAAUUAAAAGGUGUGUUUAAGUUGAUAGGUUAUGUUGUCUAUUUCAAUACGGAUCAAUAACAUACCACUACUGAUUGCUGUACCGACAUUUACAAGACUCAGUAAAUCAGUGAUGAGAGAGAGCAUUAAUAUUCAAUGACAAGCUUUAACUCCUGCGUGCACUGGUGUAUGAAGGGUGAUAACACUGUAACCUGUGGGCUGACGUGAAAAAAGAUAUCAAAACUGUGAAACCAACGAUGUGCCCCGGAGGAAGGCUAGACUCGUGGCCUGCUUUAGUUACUCCGUUGGUGUCACGGCGCUAGAACAUUGACCCGUAUUUAGAAACGCUUUGCUCUCUCACCACGACUAUUUUCAAAGGCCACAGGGAUGAUUAGCCGAGUUCUCAACAGUGUCUCUCCUGCUAAUAACGUAGAGAUCAUGUUAAUCUGUCACUAGAACCAUGAAAACACUUAAAAAUUUGUGUAACUUCAAGUAGAGCCUUUUGAAUGUGCCAGAGAUGCGGCACAGAAAUGUUUCAGGAUAUGGUCCAUACAUAUCGUCAUAUAUAAAUAUCUUAUAAUACAUAUCAUAUACAUCCUCUGUGCCGCGGGUCAAAGAGAAGAAGAGGCGGGGUUUACAAAGGCCACCUGUUGGUUAAUUGAGUGCACAGGGGUGAGUGACACGCUGGGCUGGCGGCGCGGUGCCCUUGUGAUGAGCGCAUCGAUGAAGCCACACUUGCCUUCUGUUUGUUGCGGCGGGAACCUGACAACAAUUCUACUUCCUCAGGCUAACGGCUUGACUUCCCUUCCCCAGCGCCAUCCCGGAGUCUUCCCAGCGUUGUUCCCCUCCGAGACAGGCUGCAGAUACAGUGCUACAGCAGGCGGCGGAAGGCAGCGGCGCCCCGGACGAGACAUGGCUACCUAUUGGUCGUGAAGGGUGUAGGGGGGAGGGCAGGUGCUGGGGAGCGGCGGCCCCAGCAUCACAAUUCUGUCGUCGCUGCAAAUGUCACUCAACUAAUCCAAAGCUUCGAGAAUCAAUAGCCUCCUGCAGCGUGGAUCAGACGUCGAGGUGAGUGCUAUGGACCCACCACCGACCCGCCCUCGGCACCUGCCCCUCCGCCCACACUUCCCAGCCUCCUCUACCUCGUCCCCGACAAGAACCCGGGGUCGCUGUUCUUUGCGGAUCACAAGGACGCUCCUGAACACCUUCCGCCGCGGGUUUGCUGCCUUCAUGGACCACCCUGGGUACCUCCUCAAUCCCCGCGGCGUGUUGGUGUGGGCGUGGGUCACCCUAACCCUCUUGGCCACCCCAGCGGAGGGCAAGUAUUCAGAGGGUUACGUCAAGACCACGGAGCGGUGGCUGUUCCUAGAGCGGUUCUGUUUCCUCUCGAGAGACGGAACCUUCGAGUUCGAGGUGGACUAUGACCUCAAGUACGGCACGCAGCGCUUCCUGCUCUACUUCGACACCCCGACGCAGUGGCCCGCGGUGUAUGGGACGCAGAAGACGUGCGAGGAGAAGGAGAGCGUUCUUAUCACCGGGAACAACCAGAAGAUCAACUUGACGCUUCCCUUCAACAACCGAGAGUGCGAGGUAGUGAGGCACCCCGGGGACACUGCUUAUAACCACUGCAAAGGCUUCCGCAGCUUCGACAGUCUGCGAGAGAGGUGGUGGUUCAUAGCUGUCAGUAAUUGCGAGAGUACUCAGGGCAUGGAGAUGAGAUACAGACUUGUCAUGACCAACGGAGACUCCUACUGGUACAAACAUUUCUCAGCUGAUGAAUUUUACAUACUGAGAACCGACAUGUCAGCGCUGGCCAUCCAACUAGGUAUCCUGUUGCUGGCCCUCCUCGCCUCAGCGGAACUCAAGAAGCGAGAGCUGCUCCACACAACGUACCGUCUGUACCUGGCAACGGUUGCCACGCAGGUGUUCGGUCUGCUCUUCCUGACGCUGCACUACGCCAAUUACGGAGUGAACGGCAUUGGCUUCCCCUUCAGCAAACUCUUAGGGCGGGCGCUCCACACGGCCAGCACGGUGCUCAUGGUGCUGCUGCUGCUGCUGGCUGCCAAGGGCUUCAACAUCACCAGAGGAAGACUGCGCCAGAACUCCGCCGUGCGCCUCACUGCCUUCAUGUGCAUGUAUAUUGUCACCUGUCUGUGUCUGUUUAUCUACGAGCAACAGGUGUUCGACCCCGGUGAAGUGCUGUACCUGUACGAGUCACCUGCUGGCUACGCACUGGUGGGGCUGCGGCUGCUGGCAUGGCUCAUGUUCCUCUACUCGUGCUUCUUCACCGUCAAGCACUACCCGGAGAAGAGCGGGUUCUACGGGCCCUUCUUUAGCUUCUUCUCCCUCUGGUUCCUGGCGGGACCCGUGGUGAUCAUCAUUUGCAACCACGUGAUCGACAAGUGGGUGCGGGAGAAGGUGGUGAACGGCGUCGACCUGUCCAUCACCCUCCUGGGCCAUCUCUUCUUCCUGGUACUAACACGCCCAAGCGCCGCCAACAAAAACUUCCCCUUCCACGUGCGCACGUCUCAGGUUCGCGCGCUGGAACACUCCGCGACAGGCGUGGUGGGCAACAACACGCUGGAUGCCUUCUCCGCGCAUCGGUACGCCCCUGACCUGACCGAGCCGCGCACACACGCCGCGCCCGACCUCUUCCUCGUAUCUGGCGCCGUGGAAAUGAUUCCUCUUCCGCCUCCGAGGAGCAUCACAAAAGAUGACCAAAGUUACCACCAUCAGGACGUCAAAGAUUCCUCGGGGCCACCACCACCACCACCACCGCCACCACCACCACCGCAAUCACCACCACCACCACCACCUUACGACAUCCCCCAGUAACCCCAACCAACCCCAAACCCCAAUUAGACUCGUACAAGUGUGUAUAUCCUUGCCAAGCCCCACUACUUCCCCCACCUUCACCUCCCCUAACCUCGUCUUGUCUGUAACAUUCCUCACUUAUCCAUCCUCCCUAUUUGUUUAUCUUUUAAUGGGUAUCAUCUUAAGAUUACUCUCUAUUUAUUUACACUUCUCGUCAGACGAUUUUUUUUUUCUUUUCUUUGUUUUCAGUUUAUCUUCUUUUUUUUUUCCACUCGACUCGCUUUCUCAGCUUUUCCGGUUCCUCCGCAAUAACUCCCUUCCUCUUACUCCACCAUCCACAGUCCACAGUGACGUAUAAGCUGGAAACACUAGCUUUUACCAUACUCAGAGAGAGAGAGAGAGAGAGAGAGAGAGAGAGAGAGAGAGAGAGAGAGAGAGAGAGAGAGAGAGAGAGACUCGAAAAACAAACCGAAUUAAGCAAUAAUGUAUGUCUUGUAUUGCGUGUUUACGGUUGUUAAUUUAGAGUAGAAUAUAAGAGAGAAGGAAGAAAAAAAAAAAAACUAUAGAUGUCUCUUGAGAUUAAUCUGUGCACGAGCGGUAAAUUCUCAAAAAGGGCGCGUAACUUGACAUGCAUCCGUUCUCGUCAUUCCUCCCUCCUCCUCCUCCUCCUCCAGUCUUCAUAUUUGGUUAGACUAGUGAGCAGAGAUGGUGUACCUGCAGCUCUCAGGCACAAGUUCAAGUGAAUUAUCAGGUGAAAUAAGCGAAGUUCAAGGUAAAUAUGGUUAUGUGUGUGUUUGCUAAAGUGGCGUGUUGGUAUCCUAGCGAGAGAGAGAGAGAGAGAGAGAGAGAGAGAGAGAGAGAGAGAGAGAAGCAUUAGUAUAGGUAUUAUAUUAUAACUUGUCAGGUUUAUUCUUUCCACUAAUACCGCUGUGCGACAUAACACAUUUCGCGUGCACAGUUCAAAUUUAAGGACAUCUUGGACAAAACAAUAAUAAUGGUGAGUUAGGCGCCGCGACAACGAGAUAGUUCACAGUCCUUCUGAAACACUUUGCUCUUACACCACGACUAUUUUCAAAGGCAACAGAGGUGAUUAGCUGGGUUUCCAAUGCUGUUCCCUUUAAUAAUGAAGAAAUAUAUUGCUAAACCCCCCACCAAAAAAAGAAAAAAAAAUAUAUAAACCCAUGUAAUUUGAAGUAAAGCCUUUUGAAUGUAGACGAGGUGUGGGACAGUGGUGCUUUGGAAUAAUAGUCCCACAGUUACUCGAGACCACUACUAGUACCUUGUAUAACACUAAUGGUGCUGCUUUAUGAAUGAGGCAAUCGUACGAACACAGCAGCACUUAACUGAACUGGUGUCAUGUUGUCUGUUUUUCUACUAGACUUGUUGUAAGGUUCUGAAAGUUCUAUAGCCUUCGUUGAUGAGGUAUAGUAAAAUAUCUUUGUUGCGUAAUAUUUAUUGUUGUUUUUUUUAGAUGUUCAUAUAUAUAUAUACAAGGUGUAGUUAAAAAGGUUAUUAACAUGGCCCGCGUUGAAGGUUGUAUAGGGUGUCGUGUUAUUACUGAUGAUAUUAAUGUUGAUUUUUCAUUGUUGGAUAUAUCAGAGCUGUUAAUGUAUACCAGUGUAGUACAACCAUUUACCCACGAGGCGCGUAUCGACUGACAAUAAUAAAACAGUAAAUCUGUACACAACAAACCGGACAUUUAUCCAAGUUAAUAAAAUAAAAAAAAAAGAUAAUAAAGAAUAAAUAAAUGAAAAAAAAAAAAAA